UGAUAACCCAUCGUCAAAAUAUCCAUAGCGCAUUAACACAAGAUAAACUUUUCCCCUGACCUCUCUAUUUGUUUCAGUGAAAUUUAUCGUCAUCAUGAAGUUAGUCUUCAUACUCGUCUGUAGUGCAUUGGGAACUGUUUCGGCUGAAGAAUGUACAACAAACAAUGGAGAAGUAGGAACGUGCACUACCUUGCUGGAGUGCCCAAUUAUUUUCGCGGCUUUAGCCAAUCCGAAUAAAUCGGCAAUCGACAUUUUAGACAAACAUUUUUGUAAACCUGGUAAAAGGGACAUGGUAUGCUGUACAAAAUCAAGUUCAAAACGACCGCAUAUACAACACAGUAUCCCUAACAUAAGUAACCGUCUUUAUUGUGGUUUACAACAUUCCGAUGACUACUUUCACCCCAUCAAUGAGGUUAGCAUAUACGAAUUUCCAUGGUUAGCACUGAUUAUUCUUCACGUUAAUGACAAAGACGAAACUCGUUCGUUUGCCAUAUGCAGUGGUACAUUAAUUAAUGAACGAUAUGUAUUGACAUCCACCGAUUGCCUCAUUAAGCACAACAAUGACCGCAUAAGUGUACGCUUGGGAAAGUUUCGCACAGAGGAUAAGUCUAGAGCGGAUUGUGUUGAAAACAAAAUGUACAAUACCAGCGAAUGCAGUGAUUCCGCAGAAUAUGAGGUGGCAAAACGUAUUUUACACCCGCACAGGAUCGGAUUUACAUACAACAACAACAUUGCCUUGCUAAGACUGGCCAAAAAUGUUCAAUACUCAGAUGCCAUUCGUCCCAUAUGCUUACGAGAAUCCGACUAUCCAAAUUCUCCUACAAUAGGAAGCACUCUCUUUCUUUCCGGAUGGAACGAUCAAUUUUUCGUCAAAGGAAAUACCACUAAACGAAAAAUUUCGACAACUCUCAUAAGCAACGAGCAAUGCAGCGCGUUGUUACGAACCACAAUAACCUCAUACAAUAUUUGUACGGCAAACCGAAGGGCAAAUACCGAGUCGCAAUGUUACCUUGAUAAAGGUGGACCUUUGGUGUUUUCGUACAAAAACCAAUGGUUUUUGGAAGGGGUCCUGUCCGAAUUUUCAGGAAGAUGUGACAAUACUGUUCCAUUAAUUUUUAUGAGGGUGUCUCAAUAUUUAGAAUGGAUUUAUGAUAGCAUGCAAGAAUAGUAUUACAGCAGGCAUGUCAAACCUGCAGCCCGUCGCGAUGUUUGCAAAUUAUAAAAUUGAAUUAUACCGUGUGUCCUAUUUUGGUUGAGACUGCAGUUUUUAAAGAAUAGAGACUUGCGGUUUUUGCGAACCUGUGACACUUUUUUGUGAAACCACAAACAGAAUCCAUCUAGCUUCGUUUGUUUCUGAGAUACCGGGUGCCGGCUCGUGUAGCACAGUUCAGUUUAAUCUGGACUGCGGUGCUAAGAGCUGCUGGUUCGAAUCCGGGUUCGGGCAUGGAUAUUUGUAUAUGUAUAGCGGGUUGGGUUGGUAGAGCCGCCUGAAACCCCGCCCAUUCAAAAAGGCAACACAAAUUCAUAAAAAAUUAAACGAAAAGUUUGACUUUUUGGGGCGUUAUCAGAUCUUACUACCGAUGUAAGAUUAAAAAAAGGUAAAAACUGCCAAUUUUAGAUAUUGUUACGUAGAUUCCAGUCGCAUAGUAAAAAAAAAACUUUUGGACCACCUUUUCUGAGCUUUGGCCCGAACUUGGUAUUUUUUAAAUGCAACACCCUAUAUAUUUUAACGUCAAUUUUUGUGUGUUCUUUUUGCUAAUUACAUUGAUGUAUCACAACCUGUAU